GGCAUGUCAGAGGCUGACUCGCUGGGACCAGGAGCUUGGGCUAGAAACGUCUAGGCUGAGACAGAGGCUAGCUGCUCUUGCCCGAGGCUUCCGAAAGCUCCCCUCGGGCGCUGGGUGCCUACACCUCGCUGGACUAGCGUUUUCCCCCGGAACUUGCACACUAACCACUGGACAGCAUGCUUGGGGUUCUCCUUCUAGGUGUGCUGGCUCCAGCCGGCCUGGGGAUCUCCCCAGCAGCCAAGUUGCAGUCCAGAGGCAGUCAGUGCGUGGAAUACGAGUGCUUCGCGCUUUUCCAGGGCCCCUUGACCUUCCUCGAUGCCAGCAGUGCCUGCGAGAGCCUACAAGGACAUCUAAUGACAGUGCGCUCCUCAGUGGCUGCCGAUGUCAUCUCCCUUCUGCUGAGCGACAACAAUAGUAUGAACUCACGUCCCUGGAUCGGCUUACAGCUCCCACAGGGCUGCGGCGACCCGGGGCAUCUCGGGUCCCUGCGCGGCUUCCAAUGGGUUACUGGCGACAACCACACAAGUUACAGCAGGUGGGCGCGGUCCAACGACCAGGCGGCUCCACUCUGCGGCCCGCUGUGCGUCACGGUCUCAACCGCAACAGCGGCUGCACCCGGUGAGCCUGCCUGGGAGGAGCAGCGGUGCGAGACCGAGGCCGACAGCUUCCUCUGCGAGUUCCACUUCACAACGUCCUGCAGGCCUCUGGCGGUGGAUCCCCGAGAUCCCGAGGCUGCUCACAUCUUCAGCACCUACCAAGCCCCUUUCGGGGUCCGUGGUGCGGACUUUCAGACUCUGCCGGUAGGCAGCACCGCUGUGGUGGAGCCCCUUGGCUUGGAGCUAGUGUGUAGGGCCCAGCCUGGAACUUCUGAGGGACACUGGUCUCGGGAAGCGACAGGAGCCUGGGACUGCAGCGUGGAGAAUGGUGGCUGCGAGUACUUGUGCAACCAGAGCACAGGCGAGCCCAGAUGCCUCUGCCCCAGCGGCACCGACCUGCAGGCGGAUGGUCGUUCAUGCAUAAAACCCUUGGUGUCAUCGUGCAACGACCUCUGCGAGCAUUUUUGUGUCAACAGCCCCGACGUGCCAGGCUCCUACUCCUGUAUGUGCGAGACAGGCUACCAACUGGCGGCGGACCAACACCGGUGCGAGGAUGUGGACGAUUGUAAGCAGGGGCCCAAUCCAUGCCCGCAGCUCUGUGUCAACACCAAGGGUGGCUUUGAAUGUCUCUGCUAUGAUGGCUAUGAGUUUGUGGAUGGAGAGUGUGUGGAGAGCCUAGAUCCGUGCUUCGGAUCUAACUGCGAAUAUCAGUGCCAGCCAGUGAGCCCCACCGAGUACCGUUGUAUCUGUGCUGAGGGCUUUGCACCUAAACCCCACGAACCUCAAAGUUGCGAAAUGUUCUGCAAUGAAAGUUCAUGCCCGGCAGACUGUGACCCUAACACCCCUGAGUUUUGCCAUUGCCCUGAAGGCUUCAUCCUGGACGAAGGUGCCAUAUGCGUGGACAUUGACGAGUGCAGUCAAGGAGAAUGCUCCGCCGGCAGUGAGUGUCGAAAUCUUCCGGGCUCCUAUGAGUGCAUCUGUGGGCCUGACACGGCCCUUGUCGGCCAGGUUACCAAGGACUGUGACCCCAUCCCUGUUAAUAAAUACAAUGAGGACUCCGGCUCUGGGGAGCUCCCGGUCAGUCCGACGCCAGGCUUUCCAACAGGUCCGCCGUCUGCAAAGCCAGUGAAUUCUGGCGUGCUCAUUGGCACCUCCAUCGCCAGCCUGUCCCUGGUGGUGGCGCUUUUGGCGCUUCUUUGUCACCUGCGCAAGAAGCAGGGAGCGGCGCGUGCACAGCUGGAGUACAAGUGCGCAUCACCAGCCAAGGAGGUAGUACUGCAGCAGGUGAGGACUGAUCGGACGCUGCAGAAGUUCUGAGGGACUUUGCCCCAGAGACCCAGGUUGCCUUUGUCUUUCCUGGUUCAGUACCUCUUCUCUCUCUCUCUCCGGCCCUCCCAGCUGUGCUCCCUGACAACUUAAAAGCGUCCCCGCUGCCAAGAUAACCGGAGAAGACCUUACCCCAUCCCCAUGAGAAGCAGGGGUGGGGAGGACUUGAAGUGAGAGAGCCCAGCUUCUUCCAAGUCCAUACUGAACAACUGGGCGGGCGGAGGUCGCAAAUACACAGUGAAGAGUGUCCCAGGCCCUCACCUCAGAGUGUAGGAUGUGUAGGCGCUGCUGAUCUUUAGCCUUUAGGCAAAAAGCUUGACGUCACGGGCUAGAGAUGACCCAGAUAUUUAUUUUUUUAGAGUACUUAGAUAUUCUUCCCUUUGGUUUUCCCUGUCUGUAAGUCUCCAGUCCGCCCACCCUUUCUCUGUCCCUCUAUGCCUUCCCCUCCCCUUCACACUCUCCCUUUCUCAUUUUUCUGCCCCCCAAAUCUGAUCUUACUUUGCUUUCACCCUUCUCUCCAGACAAAACUCUUAUGUGAAACAGAAAAGAAACACUAAACGCAGAAAGUUUUCUUUUUCACCGGCUUUGGCAAUUUAAUUGGAAAAUUCAGGUUUCCAGAGCAAAAUAAUUUUAAGGAAAGUUAAAAUGCUAUAGCUGAACACUAGUUAAUAGUGCUGGAAUGUCACAGAAAUUAAAUUCAAGGAGGUUGGGUUUUUUUGUUUUGUGUUUUUUCAUCUUUAUUGUUGAAAAGGUGAGCCUGGGUUUUAUUGUUGUUGCUGUUGUUUUGAUUUAGAAUGACCAAAAGGUAAUUAUUGUUAAGCUUUUUGUAUGCCGGCUCCUAUAGUGUUACUUAUUUUUGACAGUGUUGAAAAUGUUCAGAUGAGCCUUCCUCCAACGUUUUGGUGUUGCAAUAGGACAUUGCCAUCUUCAGACGUAUUGGGCCACAUUCAUAGCUAUCCUGGGAUGUAUGUGGUCCUUAGGCUGGACAUAUCUGAGACUGACAGAUGGAAGCAUCUUCCAGAAAAAUUUUGAGUUAUGUGCUUUGUGCCUAGCUGACUCUCAACUGCUCUUGCCACUUACAGUCCCAAAUAAAAGCAGUAUGAUGCUUAGGGAGAUAUGGGAACUUGGGAAUAGAGCCUGGAGGGUGCCUAGAUAUGGCCUUGUCUUAAUGAGGUUCUUGGACAAUAUCUUCUACUUCAGAGGGACCUUUUAGCCCUGGCCACUGGCCCAUGAACAAGAAUUGGAACCUCCCUUGGGAUCUGGCUAGAAUUGCAAAAUCCUAAGCUCACCCUCCCCACUUACAAGAAGCUGCAUUUUAACAACUUUCUGGAGAACAUUAAAUGUCAGUUAAUAAUAAGUAGCAGGCCAUGGUAGGCCAUUUAUUAUUAAGAAACUGAGGAAUUUUUCACUGCAUAGCUUUGCUUUCUGUCUAAAAAAAAAAUGACUAGGUACACACCUCUAGAUAUUACCACACAGGGUCCAGAAGGGUUUUGGUUUAACUAAGCUAGGAAUGAACUCAUAUGUCAGUGUAAGAAACAAAUGUAUCAUAUGUGUAUCUUUUGUAAGGAAAGGUUUUUCUUUACUGUUUUGUAAGCUCGGCGUAUUUGUACAUAUUUAUUUAUUGGAGUUUAGCUAGAACACAGGCAAAGCCUUUGCUUAUGAUGUCACAUGUACAAAAUAAACAG